AUGAGCAACAAGGGCAGCCAAGCGGGCUCCAACGAGGGCUCCCUGGCAAAACUGAUGCACGGGCAUUUCAACUUACCCAUGUUAUCGUCCAAUCCGCCCUCCGAUGGCUCUUCACCGGAAAAUCAAUCUUCGACAGGUGGAUCCCCACAACCAAACUCUUCGGACGCUGGAGGAUCAGCCUUUGCGAGGUUCGGAAAGGCUUUGUAUGGCCGCAAUCUCGGUCCUACACCAGUUCCUACUUCUGCACCGACAUCUGCGCCUUCUCACGUGGAAUCUCCUUCGAAUCAACCACCUCGACUCUCGUUCACUACAAAAUCCGGCAUUCUGGCCAUGAGCCCAUCACCAGACUGGUCCCAGGCCGUCAUUGCUGGAAGAGAUUUCCUGCAAAUCGUCAACGUCACCGACACAGAAAUUGUGCAGCAUCUGGACUUAUUUGGAAGCCCUGGAUACAAGGAAAAACAUCCUUUGAGCUCAGUGUCCGUGGUCAAAUGGGGACUGCGACAAUAUGCCAAAUACAUCAUUCUGGGAAAGACCAACGGUCAUAUUCAGGUCUACAAUGCCGAUUCUACUACUUCAAAGGCCUCCUACCAGUUGCAUGAGUACAACACCUCCAUCAAUUCUCUAGGACUCAACCCCCACGCUACUCACAUGCUGCUGUCCGGUAACUCGGCAGGUAUCGCAAAGACUUGGGACAUGCGAUCAUCUAACAAAAAACCCUUGGCUCAAUUUGUCAAAAACGGAGACAUUUGUCGUGAACUCAAGGUGUCGCCUUUCGACAGCACCAAGUUCGCCAUGAUCUACGACUCGGGAGUGGUUCAACGGUGGGAUAUUCGUAACCCCUCGGGACCAGAACGACGAAUGAAUGCCCAUGCACAAAGAGGACUCACACUAGACUGGCAUGAGGAGUUUGAUUACAUUGUCACUGGAGGACGAGACAAGCAGAUCCAGAUCUGGAACAUGGCUGCAGGAGAGACGGCCAGGGUUCCAGACCACGUGAUUAAUACACCCAACGGCGUACACAAAGUCCGUUGGCAACAACACGCCUUUAACCCUAAAAAUAUCCUAGAUUGCGAUAUUGCUUCGUCGUCCAUGGAUCUAUACGACUACAGGGUUCACAUCUGGUCGCCCAAAAGAAAGUACAUCCCUCGAAUUGUGAUCGAGGACCAUGAGGCACGUCUGACGGAGGUUCAAUGGAAGUCUGGCACCCAACUGUGGACUGCUGCACGUGACAACAAGUUUAUCCAACGAGACAUCUCUUACGAAGAACCUGUGAUCAACCAGCUUCCCAAGGUGUCGAAUACCUGGUCCACAACUGGCUUGCUGAUGACAGUUCAGGGCAAUAAUGCCAUCAACCAGCAUGAGUACGAAGACAAUGCUCCUUCCACAGUCCCCGGUUCUUCUGCUACAUCUGUGCAUGAGCGAGAACGCGAGGGCUCACGUGUAUCGCUACGGCUCUCGUUCAACUCGCGAACUCAACAAAAGCCCAAAAUGAAUUCUCUCAAGGAAGAAGGGCCAGUGGAUCAGCUUCUCUACGAGGUUCCUCAUGUUGGAAUCAACGAAAAGAGCAUCACCUUGGCUGCCAACAAUGCGGAGUACCAGGUUACAGAGACAUCCACUGUUCUCGACAUCUGCAUCCACAACGCUCGAGUGGCAAAAGCCAUCGGACGUCCUCGUAUGGCCCAGACGUGGCUUGUUUUGCAUCGUGCUCUAGAAUGGGAGCUGGAAGAGUGGAAGAAGAAGAGAGAAGAGAAGCGGGAAAAGUUCGAAAAGCUCAGUGCACUGGUACUUCCUAGUCGUCAGAACACCCUGGAUCGAGGAAGUGGUCCCAAUAGUGCCACCAGUAACCUGUUAUCUUCUCUGAAAUCAUUGGAAGGAACCCCUCGACCAGCUGGAGCACACAUGCUUUCUGAUGCUGCUUCUAUCACAUCCAAAUUGUCUCUGGAGAAGACUGUCACUCAAGAAAGUGACCCCCGGCCAACGCUGUUGACGAGUCGGUCGAUAUCUUCUCCUGUGGCUGUCCCUACAACCCCCAAGAGCGGUUCUCGAUCAAGUUCUCAAAGGCGACCCUCUUUUGGACCUGCCACAGCGGAAUCUGUUGGCUCUGCAGGCUCCGACAUUGCCUUUGGUUCCUACGAGUCUGGCAGUAACUCCGAAGAAGCCGUCUCUCCCGUUGCUCAAGAGAAGUUCACUCAUCUCGGCAUUUCUCGAACCGCAGCCUCCAAAGAAGGUACCUUUUCCGGUCCCUCAACUCCGUCUUCUUCUACAACUUCUGGAGCUCUGUCUAUUCUGAACGGCAAGGGUAUCAACCCUGAGGCCCGUUCGCUGCUAACAGGUAUCAUAGAAGAGGGCUCUUUCAGCAGCAACUCCUCAGUUCGAAGUCUGAUGGUCGAGGAUCGCGAGAAGGUCAAUCAGGGGCGGGAACGGGAUGUUUCUCUAGCGUCUUCUAUCUCUAAUGUUGCCUCUUCACAUCACUCUCUUUCGCAUUCACACACUGACGACAGUGAGGACUUCUUUGGAGGUGGAGUGGCUCCUCGACGGUCUCAAUCACCUGAAUCAGAAGAUGAUGAUAUGCUCCCUGCUAACAAAAUCUCCAUUGCGGCCACUGCAUCGGCCCUGGCUGCUGCCGCUGUUCCUCCUGCAGCAAUUUCGACUCCUUCAGUGGUGACUAAGGGCAUUGCUUCACCCAAAAAGUCGAUUGAGGAGGUCUACACGCCUCCUGAGAACCCCGACUACAUUUCAGAUUCUGAACUGGACGAGUUUAUCGCCUUCUCCCAAUCUCUACAACAUCCUUGGUCGCCUCUGAAGCUGCUCAAGGACUGUAACGAGUACUAUCAUUUGGACGGAGACGUGCAAUUCUGUGCGAUUCUCGCUCUCAUCUUCUCGCGAACUCAUCCUUCGGCGUUCCCCGAAGACAACAUGGUUGAGGAGGUGCUACACUGCUACAUCAUGCAGUUACAGAAGCUGCAGUGUGUGGUUGCCCUGGCCGAGCUCAUCAACAGCUGCAAGAAGUUCAAAUCCAUCUAUCAUAUGGGUCAAACCAACACCUCCAUCAACCAGCAGUGUCCCACGUGUGGCUCUGUGUUGUCAGAAGCGAACGCUGCCUCCGAACAGAAGGCCUUCUGGUACUGUUCCAAAUGUCAUAGUCUGCUGGACGGAUGUGUUCUUUGUAGAGAGACAAUUAAGGGUCUGGGAGCUUGCAUGCUUGCUUGUGGUCACUAUGGACAUUUCGAAUGCAUGAAAGGCUGGGUGAUUGACGACAAUAUGACUGAGUGUCCAUCAGGCUGUGGAGCCAAGAUUACUGAUUUUUGA